CCAUACGUUAUCUAUACCCGGAUAUAUUUUGCCUACGAUAUUAGACUCCAGGAGUUAUAUACCUAGCAACAAAAGCUUUCUUUGACAUUCUGAACAAAUUUUGUUUGAAUUUUUUUUUGGUCAAGUAUACAAACAAAUCGUGGGGUUUCUAACGAAGAUUUUAUUAAUCUUCCUAAAUCUGGACGUAUUUUGCUGUGUUUCAGCUAAAAUCGAGAAAUCCAAGAUUAUUGAAAAUAUCGACGAUGAUCGAUCUGGACCAUCUGGUGAAUGAUUGAUUUAAAUGUUUGGUAAUUUUUGUAAUGAAAAUCAUUUGGAUCUUGUGUUAAUACUUUAAGAGCUAUUCUGAGUACUAUGUAAAGACAUGCUUUAUUUAAUACGUCUGUAAAAGUAAAUUUGGUUUUAUUAGUAUAUAACAGAAAUAACGUUGAUUAACUGACUACAAUAUGGCUUCAUUUGGGCCAAGGGCAGUAAUUUGCUAUAUUUGUGGAAGGAAAUAUGGUACAUCUUCUAUCAAGAUCCAUGAGCCACAAUGCCUUAAAAAAUGGCAUUUGGAAAACCGGGAUUUACCCAAGCACAUGAGAAGACGUCCACCAGUCAGACCGCAAGGUUUCGGCGAGUUUUCAACGAAUGGCCAAUCUCUCGGCAACCAAAUCGAUGCAAUGAAUGAACUCUCCUAUGGUACUUCCAAGCAGCAGCUUUUACCUUGCGAGAACUGCGGUCGGACAUUCCUUCCGGAUCGUUUGCCGGUUCACCAAAGGAGUUGCCGCCCAGGUAAUGCAGCUAAGCCGGGUCGUGGUAACCCUAUGCAAAAUGGUGGCCCAGGUGAAACCAAUAGAUUCGGGUUCAGGGAACAGCCGAGGGAACCAGUAAAGCCAAAAACUAUUAUCUGUUAUAUUUGUGGACGUGAAUUUGGGAGUGCGUCCAUCUCGAUUCAUGAGCCGCAAUGCUUAAAGAAAUGGAAGCUUGAGAACAACAGUUUGCCAAAACAUAUGCGGCGACCUGUUCCAACCAAACCUGACGUCCUACCAAGCCUGACAGGUGAUGAAAAUGACAGAGAAAGGAGAAAUCAGUUGGCAUAUGAAUCAGCUAAACAACAAUUGGUACCUUGUCCAAAUUGUAAACGGACAUUCCAGCCAGAUAGAUUAAGUGUUCAUCUCAGAUCAUGCAGGCAGGGUGCCAAGACUAUACAGUCAUCACCAAAUAACAGGCUUGGGUCACAGAAGCAGUCAGACCCUUUGGAAUUUCCACCAAGAUCUCCAACAACGCCACCCAGAAAACCAACCACAAAAUCCACCCGAAAUCAAUACAAAAAGCCACCAUCUCGCACCAAAGGACAGAGUGACUUCAACAACAACUUUGAUGACAUGCAACACCAUCUUGAAAGUUCUAAUUCCCAUGAGAAAACUUCUAAUUCAUUUAGGAAGGGUUCCAAUUCGUUUGGGAACAACUCUAAUUCACACAGGAACAGUUCUAAUUCAUAUGGAAACGCAAGGGUUGGAUCAGGUGGCAGUAAUAGAUCACAUCCUGACGAUGAUUCACACAGAAACCCCGGAUCGCAACCAACUCGUAAAAAACCGAAUGUGAAAAAAGCCAGCGGACCGAAGAAAGGUGGUUUUGCGAGUCCGAAUUCUGAUGCAUUCGGUCGUUCAGCUGGGUUGGGCACCUCUGGUAUGAAUGAUCCUGAAGCUUUCCAAUCAAGCGGCAAUGGUAAUUUAGUUCCUUGCUUCAAAUGUGGGCGAACCUUUGCAGCUGACAGAGUUGAGAAACAUCAGGCAAUCUGUAACAAUGCGAAACAACGGAAAGUGUUCAACUCGAGCAAGCAUCGAACUGAGGGCACCGAGGCAGCCUCGUUUAACAGACCAGGUAGAGCGAGUAGCAAGGCACAGAUACAACCGAAAUCAAAGUCCAAUUGGAGGAAAAACCACGAGGACUUUAUCAGAGCGAUACGUGACGCAAAGAAGGUUCAGGACCAUGUCAAAAAAGGAGGAAAGGUGUCUGACCUUCCCCCACCCCCUCCAAGUGAAAACCCUGACUACGUAUACUGUAAGCAUUGUACGCGAAGAUUUGCGCCGGAAACCGCUGCUCGGCAUAUUCCGAAGUGUGCAACAACGAUUAGUCGUCCAGCCCCACCGAAGCAACGAGCCAUUCCCCUGGGGGGAAGCCGUGCUAGCGGUGGGGGCGCUCGUGUCAGAGGUCAGUAUACUACAACAAGUACCCAGCGAGGUGGGGGAAACCGAAGAUUGUAUAGAUAGAUAGAACUGUUAUCUUUUGUUCAACAUAUGGCCACGAUUUUCAUCCCCAAAGAAUGAAUGGAAAUUACUAGUCGGAUAAAGUCGAUCCUAGGGCAUUUGCACUGAAUGAAAUGCACUUUGAACAAGUUUAAACCACUUGUGUAAACAUACAAGUAGAUAUAUGAAUGUCUACGCAUCAUAUUAUUAAGCUCUAUUGCACGUUAUAUCUUAUGAUAGUUUAAAUGCGCUAUAUAUAUUGAAUCAUUGACGGCGUAAAUGAAAGCAAUAUACAUUAGUUUUAUACACGUAUGUAAAUCAAAUUUGCACAUGCAGUUCGUCGCUUGUAUAAUUAUGAGGAACAUGAUGAAGUCAUCUGUCUUCAGGUGCUAUCUUGCGGUUGAUUUUGUUUAAUUUUCUUCCGCUUUCUUGGAGAAACAAACUUUGAUUCGCCUAUUUCUUAUUUUAUGACUGCUUGUCACGUUCAUAGUUUUGAUUGGUCGCAAUCAAAAUACAGCAACGACACACAGAAAUUCGUGCAUAGAGGCUGAAAAAUCAACCAUUGAUGAUGGUUGCUCUAAAUGAGUACAAUAUUCAAACAAAUAUCAGUCUAUUGUCAUUAAUUUAUUGCCACAAAUUGUACAUAAAAAUGAGUCUAAAUUACAUUUGAAUAAAAUUGU